GGAGGGGUGGAGGUGGCGGUUGUGGGGGCAGCGGACCGGCGGCGGUGGUGGCGGGGUCGAGGGUGGCAGCAGUGGUGGGGGUGGAGGCAGUGGUGGCUCAUCUGGUAGCCGUGGUGGCCGCCCUGGCACUCUCCCCCCAUCUGUCCCCUGACUCCCCUGCUCACUCUGCCUCCUCAUCGCACCAGCACCAGCAGCCAGCAGCAGCAGCAGCAGCAGCAAGCAGCAGCAGCAGCAGCAGCAGCAAGCAGCCAGCAGGCAGCAGCAGACAGAGCAGCAGCAGCAGCAGCAGCAGCAAGCAGCAGCAGCGGCGCAGCAGAGCAGGAGCAGCAGCAGCAGCAGCGCAGCAGCAGCAGCAGCCAGCAGCAGCAGCAGGAGGUGCAGCAGCGGGAUGGGAGCAGCAGCAGCAGCCAGCAGCAACCGCAGGCAGUGCAGCAACAGCAGCCGCAGCAGGAGGUGCAGCAGCAGCACCAGCAGCAGCCACAGCAGCAGCAGCAGCAGCAGCAGCACAGCAGCCACUGCAGCAACCUCAUCGGCAUCGCCGCACCACCUCUCCAUCCCUGCACUGAUAUGGGAAUCAACAAAGAAGGAGUUGGGAGAAGUAAAGGCGGGUUCUGGAG